CUCUCUCUGUCUGGUGUGAUGACAUGUGUGUGUGUGUGGAUGUGCAGCGAGUGUCAAACACACACCGCCGUGUCUGUGUGUAUGUCUGGAUGUGUGCAUGAAGCAAUGAAUGCGUCACGGAUGGAUGGAUGGAUAGAAUGUGGUGCACCACGUGCAGCAAACACAAGCAAAAGCACCGACCGCCCAGCCCAUCGGUGCAGUCAGUCAGUCAGUCAGUCAGAUGGCGAGGGAGAGGCAAAACAGACAGACAGACAGACAGAGAUGGCAGCCAGCCACUGAUAAAUGUAUACAUAUGUAUAGAGUGGCGUAUUCACCGAAACCCCUUGCGCACACACCAUUGAAGCCAUCUAUGCGGCCGGCAGUGCCCCCCCAAUCUCAACAACGCCGCCUACCCUGACACACACCUGAAAGACAGAAAGCACGGUCAGACACCAUUGUGUUCGUCGUGUGUGUGCACAUCUUCAGCUCAUGUCAGUCAUGUUUGCUGCAUACCUCAGCUGUCUAUCGGUCGAAGAGGAUGGCUGAGAUGACGGCCCCCAGCACCACACGCGCCAGCCGAGUGGUCUCCGGGAAGCGCUCCUUGAAGGCAUCACCCACACCAGACACAGCCGCCGACUCGGUCGUCAUGACCAACACACACACUGCAAAGGAAUUACAGGAGAGCACAGCGAAUGAGAGUAAGUGUUGUGUGCGUGUGUGUGAUUUUUACCCUCCCUCCCCCUUGCUGACCGCUGUCGAUGUAGAUCCACGCGACGAAGGGAUGGCCGGUGCCCGUCAGGACGAGGUGACGUCAAGCAAAGCCGUGAGUGAAGCGGGCUGAUGUGGUGGUGGUGCAUCCCUCCACUGGUGUGUGGGGGGACUGCGUCAGCAGGUUGAGCAGCCGGUUGUCGUCAACAUACCUGACACACACACAUUCAUCAGUCACUCGUGUGCCGUGACAGCGUUCACACAGAGUGAUGCCCGGCCUCACCUGUCGAUCACACGGCUACGGUCAGUGAAGUUGAUCUGGUGAGUCCACCUGAAGUGGCCGAUGAUGAUGCUCUUCACACACGACGACACAUAUGAGGAGACCCGAAUAAACUGCAGCCAGCCCGCAGACCGUGAAUAGUCGAUCCUGCUGCGGACGGGCGGGUCGUGCGGCUGUCGGUGCUGCUGGUAGGGGUGGUUGGGAGGGAGGGGCGGGUCGAUGGUCAGCUCGAAGCCGUCCUGGUCCUUGAUGGCCCGCAGCGUGGUGCCGUGGUGGAACAGCUAGAAGGUCACGCCGUUGCCGAAGUCGAUGUGGGGGCCGACCAUCUUGAGCUAAGCCAACACACGGGGAGCGGCCAAAUACGCCUACACGACCACACACGCACAGAGAAGAAUGAAUGAGGCCCUCUCUGUGCCCUCCCGCCCCUGUAUGUGCGUCUCACCGUCUUAUUGGCGUGUCUGUCGAUGUCGUCAGCAGUCAGCCGCACCGGCAGGGUGCACCGGCCGCACUGCGCCGCCAGCCGCAGUAUGUCGGCGACCUCGUCCCACGUCUGCUCCAGCAAGUAGGUCACCCUGAAGGCACUCUCGAGGUCACUGAUGGUGAAGGAUAGGACGUCUUGCAGGCCGAGACGGACCAGCGCCUUCUCUAUGUGCUGCUGGACGAGCUCGAGCAUCGUGUCCCCUUCAGCGGAAGGGAACUUGCUGAUCUGUGCUGUGAGUGCCGCUUGCUUCGAGUCAUCAUCCGACAUGGCCAUGUGGGCGGCCUUCUUGAUGGUGGCUGCCUGCAGGGAGGGGACGGGGGAAGGGCUAGGGGGCCGGCGAGGGAUGGGCUGCUGAAUGGGCUGGGACGCCAUCGAUCGGUGAGUGGCCUACAUGACACACACACAGACACAGAGGCAUGCGCACGAUGCCAUACAGCACACCGUGUGCGUGUGUCUGGCUUUCUCGGUUCCUUACGUGAGGGCGAUGAAUCGGCAGCCCUCCCUUGUGCAGCAAGUGCGGUGCGAUGGGACAGCUUAAACAACACCGAAUCCCCUCCUGCAGACAUCACACGCAUUUCGAAAACGCAUGCACACAUCGAAAGAUGAGCCCGCCACAUGUCCACCGCUUCUUGGCUCACCUGGUGUCAGUCAGUGAUGGCCCGGAGCGAUAAGCCAACACGGAACACUGCCGUCAGCGACACGCACAACGAGAUCUGCAACCAGUCGUGACAUGGAGGAGAUCUCGGUCGACACAAACAAGGAGGCUGCCUUCAUUUUGUAACAUCCUCACCUAAUGAAAUGCUUCAACACUCC